CUAUUGGCUACCUUUCGGUGUACCCAGAUUAUCAACGACGCUGAUGCUAAUGCACUACAAGAAACGAUGAUGAAAGCCGUGGCUGGAUCUUUCGACCCAAAAUCCGACGAGCAAAAAUUGUCUUUGGAAGCGGUGUACGACCUGUUUUACUCGAUACUUAAGGUGAACCUCGCUCAUCCCACACCUGUUGCCGAAGGGCCGAAUUUCCAGCAGCGCCAACUGCAGGCCACCUUAGUAGGAAACGUUUUUCCGGACCUGGUUUCUCAGAUUGCAGUUGAGAAACGACGCGAAAGCGUCGAAGCUGAAGCCUUGAAGAAAAUGAGAACUGAAAUAGACAAACUAGUGCGCGAACAGGUGAACCAGCGAACAAGGGCAUUAGAAGCCGAGAUCAGAUCCUUGAAGUCGAGGAAGCCUUCCCCAUCUCACAAGGAUGACAGACCGGUGAAAAAGAAGAAAAGUGACGAUGAAAAAACUUGUUUGUUGUGGAUGGAAGGAAAGUGCCAAGGCAAGUACUGC